AUGCGAACAUGUGAUCCUAACUCAGCUUUUUUUGGAUAUAUGGGGAUUGCUGCAUCUUCAAUCUUUUCAAAUUUGGGGGCAGCAUUUGGUACUGCUAAAAGUGGAGUAGGAGUGUGUAGUGUUGGUGUGAUGAGACCUGAUUUAGUUAUGAAGUCGAUAUUACCUGUAAUUAUGUCUGGUGUUUUGGGAAUUUAUGGAAUUAUUAUGUCUAUUCUUAUUAAAGGAAGAAUUUCAAUUGAUACUUAUUCAACUUAUUUGGGGUAUGCUCAUUUAUCAUCAGGAUUAAUAGUUGGAUUAAGUUCAUUAGCUGCUGGAUUAGCUAUUGGUAUUGUUGGUGAUGCAGGUGUAAGAGCAAAUGCACAACAAAAUAGAUUAUUCAUGGGAUUGAUAUUAAUUCUCAUUUUUUCUGAAGCUUUGGCAUUAUAUGGUUUAAUUAUAGGUAUUUAUAUUACAAUGUCAGACACUCCUGCUCUUUGCGAGUCUUACAUAAAAUAA